AGAUGAGGCGCGCCGAAGUGUCUUUGCAACUACUACCAAACACCUUCCAUGGCGUUCCCUUUAUCCUCCGCCAUUUUAUCUCACAAGGUCUCUUUCAAUGUCUCCCACACUCCCUCUAUCCCAAAGCAAGCUUUUCUUUCAACCCCUUUUCUAUCUCCAUUCAACCCAAUGCGUAGAGAAGACGACACCCCAAAAUCAGCUCACCGCAAGUUCCGCCGCAUUUUCGCUAAAAGUCCUUCAAUGGAAUUCACAAGCCGGCAUGAGGUUAUCACCAAAUUGUAUAUGUCAACAUUGGAAGAUGUGAUGAAGAGACUUGAGAGUUCAAUUUCUGUUAUUCUUAUUUUUGUCCAGAUAACUUCGCCUUUGCCUCUUGUUGGUUGGAAUUCGUGGUCUAUUUCUCCUGCUAAGGCGGUGCUUUAUUCCCCAGACACAAAAGUUCCUAGAACAGGGGAACUAGCUUUGAGAAAGGCUAUUCCUGCAAAUGCGAACAUGAAAACUAUACAGGAUUCUUUGGAGGACAUCUCGUACUUGCUAAGGAUUCCACAGAGAAAGCCAUAUGGAACGAUGGAGAGUAAUGUGAAGAAAGCUUUAAAGAUUGCAAUGGAUGAAAAGGAGUCCAUCUUGGCUAGUCUACCAGCUGAUUUGAGGGAAAAGGGUUCAGUGUUAUAUGUAUCUCUUAUAGAUGGGAAGGGUGGAUUACAAACCCUUCUUGAAUCUAUAAAAGACAAGGAUCCAGACAAAGUAUCAGUAGGUCUUGCAUCUACUCUGGAUAAUGUUGCACAACUGGAGUUGUUACAGGCUCCCGGGUUAUCAUUUUUGUUGCCUCGGCAGUACUUGGAAUAUCCAAGGCUCACAGGGAGAGGAAUUGUUGAAUUUGCCAUUGAGAAAGGAGAUGGUUCAUCAUUUUCUCCAGAAGCUGGUGGUGAACCAAGAAACACUGCCAAAAUUCAGGUUGUUUUAGAUGGAUAUUCAGCACCGUUGACAGCAGGGAACUUUGCAAAACUGGUGGUUGAUGGGGCAUACAAUGGGGUGAGGGUCAACUGUACGGACCAAGCAAUUCUCUCAGACAGUGGGCUUGGAAAGAACAUUGGCUAUAGUGUUCCCUUGGAAAUAAUGCCAUCUGGACAGUUUGAACCGUUGUAUAAAACCACUUUAAGUGUGCAGGAUGGGGAGCUGCCUGUGCUUCCACUGUCUGUUUAUGGUGCAGUUGUUAUGGCACACAGUGACGUCUCUGAGGAGUUCUCGUCACCGAAUCAGUUUUUCUUUUAUCUUUAUGACAAGAGAAAUGCUGGCUUAGGAGGGUUGUCUUUUGAUGAGGGUCAGUUUUCAGUCUUUGGGUAUACAACUGUUGGUAGAGAAAUACUUCCACAGAUUAAAACUGGGGAUGUUAUUCGAUCUGCAAAGCUAGUGGAAGGUCAAGACCGCCUCGUAUUGCCAAAUGAGAAUUAAUUUGCUGUUGUUCCAGACCUAAACUUCCUGAGUUCCUUUCAUUCAUUUGAAUUUGUUGUAAUUUAUAUGUCAUUAGCCUGGUUUUCUCUUCAGGUUGCUCUGCCAAGUUGGUGAUUUCUUGCUUACACCCCUUACCGGGAAAUAAAGAAAAAAAAGAUGUUGUAUAAUUUUUAAUUUUUGUACAUUUGUUGAUUUUUGGUAUCAAAUUGUAAGGACAAAAAUAAAAUUCCUGUUUGCCAGAAGAAGUUCUUGCCAUGUA